AUGAAUCAACAAAUGAAUCAACAAUCAUCUAUUCUAAUAAAAUAUCUUAUAAAACCAUGGAUACUUAUAUUCAAUAUAUGUAUAAUAUUAAUUCUAUUAUUAUGUAAUACAUUAUCUAGUUGGAUUAUUGUCAAUGAUUUAAAUCAACAAUUACCUGGUUUAGUUUAUGAUCAAAUAUCAAAUAUUAUGAUCCAUUCUAUAAUUUUAUUUAAUAUUAUUGAAUUAACAUUGAAUUUAAUAGAAUUUUUAUUAUGGUUUAAUAUAAUAAGAAAUAAAUUUACAUUAUGGUUAUUGAUUGAUUGUAUUACUAUAAUCAAUAUAUUGAUAGCUGAAUUACCAUUAAUGAUAUUAUAUACAUAUCUAUAUACAUGUCAAGAAUCAAUUAUAUCGAUUGGUUAUUUAAUAAAAGGUAUAUGUAUCAUUCUAUUGAUUUGUUUACGUUUAUUGAUUAGUUUUAUAUCAUAUAUACAUAUGAAAUCGAAUGAUUCUUAUAUGAAAUCAAUAAAUUCUAUGAUGAAAGAAAGUCAAUAUUUAUUAAGUCAUUGUCAUGAUAAUAAUAAUAAACAAUCGAAUCAAAUCAAUAAUAAUCAUAAUUUAGAAGAGAAUUUCAUAUGGAAACAAAAAUAUUGGUUACUUAUUCGUAUCCUAUUAUGUUUUAGUUGUUUUUGUUUAUUCAUUAUUAUUUGUAUUCUAUUCAACUUUUUCUUUCAUCCAUCUAUAUAUACUACUUAUUUAUUAUGGAAUCAAUUCAGUAAUCAUCAACAUCAUCAACAACAACAAUCAUUAUUAUUAUAUCAUUUACCGAAUCAUUCUUAUUUAAAUAAUGUAGAAAUCUUUUUAAAAGAUCUAUCAUCGAAUCAUUCUCAACAAUCAAAAUGGUAUCAUUUAAUUAGUUUAAAACAAAUUAUCCAUUUAAAAUCAAUUAAUGCCAAUGAAUCAGUAACAUUAACAUUCUAUUUAAAUGGUCGAAAGAAAUUUAUUGAAUAUAAACAAACUAUUUAUUAUCAGAAUUAUACAAAAGAACAUUCUAGUUCAUGUUGGCAAAUAUUAAAUCAAGAUUUAUAUAAAGAAUUCAUAUGUCCACCAUUAACUAUAAUUCAUACGAUUAAAUUAAUUCAUCGUAUUAAAAUUGAUUUUAUUUAUAUUGUACCAUCAAAAAGACAACCAUUUGGAAUGGUAUUAUAUAAUGUAACAAGAAUGAUAAGUAAUAGGUAUAAAUUUCGGGAACAUGAAUUGACGUUAAAAUAUUUCCAAAACACCAUAGUUCAUUUUUCUUCUAAAAAAACGACAGAAUUACAAGGUAACCAUGAUCAUGAUGAAUGGUCAAGUGGCCCGUUUAGAUCAAACAAUCUUGAAGUUGAUGAUCAUCAGUACACAAAAUAUCGAAGUUCAGACCUUGUACCUGUUAAAGAAUUAUGGAAAACAGGUAUUGCAAAGUGCCAAAGUACGGCACCUAUAGGACCACAGAAAAUGUAAAACAAUUUUGUGUCACUUGUUUAUUUGGUUAAUAAACUUAUUCGUUAACUAAGAAA